AUGCAUAGAGUAUUUCAAUAAUCAUACUUGGAAACUUCCCUCGCAUGGGCAGCGAUCACAGGUGAAUAUCUAUUCUUAGCUUCGAGUGCAACGAUUGAAGGACCAUAUGUUGCUUUCCGUACAGAUAUCUUCCCGUGAUCGCAAAUGCAGCUGCAAGAUUCCGUUGAUCGAAUGUGUAAUUCCGUAAAGCGAAAUGAGUUCACCCCCCAUCACGGAGAGAUGCAUCUCAAUGAACUAUGGAAGAAUUGUAUCAUAUGCUCCGAAUAUUCUCGCAGCUCACCGAGAUUUCAACAAUGAUUGAGAGACACAAUCGCCAGGCACACGGACUCCGCAACACUGGCCUUGGAGAUGUCAAAGCAGAUGCCUACCGUCAAUUUUCCAUUUCUGUCACACAGAUCAGCAUGGAUUCUCGAACAUCUAGACUCGCCUCCCCAUUCACAAACGAUAGAGCGGAAACGCAGGCGAAUGAACGAACCAGGUCUCCGGCUCCGUCAAAAACACUGCAAGCCAGGAAGACGCCACGACCUGAAUCUGAAACACGGCAACGAGAAAGCCAAUGUCGUACAGUACCUGUCCAGCGCUCUCCGCAUUGAGAGUGGCUGCAUAUCGUUCGGUCGGAUUAGCAUGAAUGAACGCAUGGAUGGCGACAUGUCGUGUCUUGCCUUUCUUCCCAUCCCGUUCUCGUGGAUGUGUGAGACAUUGUCACGGAGAUAUAUGGGUGCAUUUGAGGUGGAUCCAAGGGGGUCAUGUGGCGUUGAGGAAAUAUGGUCCCAUGAAGUGCGGCGCAUGCUGUGCGACGAUGCGGAAGUGGAGAUUUUCUUCUAGGCUGAGACGUGACACUUCAUUUCCAAGGAGCGGUUCGAACGUAGGAACUCUCGCUUCUUUUCGUCGGACGACAUGGUUGUCUACGCUUUAUCGUUAUCAUAUGCAUGAUAUCGAAAGUUGCAGUGAA